AUGGAUUUGAAGUGCCAAGGAUUAGUAUUAGUAGUGGGAUUAGUUUUAGGGUUAGUAGCAACUGAUCAGGGGUCUACCGAGAGUUCUCGUCUCUCCGCGCGCUCCUACGACUAUGGCAACGCCCUCAAGAAGGCCAUCCUGUUCUUCGAAGGGCAACGAUCCGGAAAACUGCCCUCGAAGCAGCGUGUCGAGUGGAGGGGGGACUCCGCGCUGACGGAUGGUCAACAAGACAAAGUGAAACUGGUAGGUGGUUACUAUGAUGCAGGAGACAAUGUGAAGUUUGUGUGGCCCAUGUCCUUCACUAUCACCCUAUUGAGCUGGGUCGGAAUCGAGUUCCGAGAGCAAGUAUCCUACGCCGGUCAACUUGGCCACCUGCGAACCGCCGUCCGCUGGGGAGCAAAAUUCUUGUUGCGAGCCCAUACUUCACCCACCGUUCUCUAUACUCAGGUAGGUGAUGGGAGCACUGAUCAUCAGUGUUGGGAGCGCCCGGAGGACAUGGACACACCGCGAACACUCUACAAGAUCACUGCAGAUUCGCCAGGUACAGAGGCGGCUGCAGACGCCGCAGCGGCUCUCGCAUCCGCCUCCAUGGUUUUCAGAAGUGACAACUCAACAUAUUGGUCCAAGCUUUUAAAUAGAUCAAAAUUACUUUUCGAAUUUGCCAACGAUUAUCGAGGAUCUUACCAAGCUUCUUGUCCAUUUUAUUGCUCCUUUUCCGGCUAUCAGGAUGAGCUUCUUUGGGCCGCAGCUUGGCUCUUUAAAGCAACUAAUGACGCGAAAUAUCAGAAAUUUGUGCUAGAAAAUAUAGAAUGGAGUCGAUCUGUCUCGGAGUUUAGCUGGGACAACAAAUAUAUUGGAGCGCAGGUUUUACUAGCAAAGGAGUAUUUGGCUGGUAACAAAAAUUUGCGUAAAUACAAGACUGAUGCGGACGCAUUUGUUUGCUCUUUGAUGCCAAAUAGUGGCAGCGUUCAAAUCCAAACAACGCCAGGGGGGCUUCUCUUUACGCGUGAUACCGCCAACCUUCAGUACGUAACGACCGCUGCUCUUGUGUUGUUUGUCUACUCAAAGACACUAAAAUCCGCGGGGCUUGAUGGAGUUCAAUGCAACUCCGCUAACUUCUCCGCAACCCAAAUAAGAGCAUUUGCAAAGUCACAGGUGGAUUACAUACUAGGGAACAAUCCACUGAACUUCUCAUACAUGGUCGGGUACGGCAACGCGUACUCUAAGCGCAUUCAUCAUCGAGGAGCAUCGAUCCCAUCCAUUAAUGUUCUUCCGAGGAAAGUGAGCUGCAAAGAGGGAUUCUCAACAUGGUUUCCCACAAAUGAUCCAAACCCAAAUACUCAUGUAGGUGCUAUUGUUGGUGGACCUGAUUCAAAUGAUCGAUUCAAUGAUGUUCGAUCGGACUCGAGUCAUUUAGAGCCAACCACAUAUAUCAAUGCGGCCUUCGUAGGUGCCGCUGCAGCUUUGAUUGAAGAACAGUGCUUCCUGCGGCAGCCAUUUAGGAGUUCAGCAGUAGCCUCAGAAUAAUUUGACAUCAUAAUUAGAAAAUAUGUCCUCUGAAAACACUGGAAAAAAAACAAAAAAAAACAGAACAAUAG